CUCUUACUUAAAUAUAAGCCACUAACAUUCACCAGAGGGUUAGUCACUUAUUCCCUUCCCAGGAAGACAGAAAGCAACAUGGCAUUUAUUAAGAAGAUCUUGCUAUUUUUCUCACUGAUGCCAGUAUUUGUACUCUCUGAAAGUGACCAGAUUGUUGAGGAUGUAAUUGAAGAAAUCAAACCAAGGUAUAUAAAGCCUGUUGGUGCUCCUUUUCGAAUGGAUCCAAACAGCCCAGAAAUCCAGAAUGUGGCCAAUAAUGCUGUUGCAGAGUACAACAAGAUAUCCAGAGGAAAAAACUAUUUCAUACUUCUCAAUGUCACGUCUGCUGAAGCACAGGUCACAAAUACAAUUACAUACAAGCUCAAUGCUGAGAUCGGAAGAUCAAAAUGCAAGAAGUCUGAAGAUAUCAAUUUAAAAGCAUGUGCCUUAGGAAAAAAGAGACUCAAUUGUCACUUUGAGAUCCAGUUUCAUCCUUCUAAAAACAAGAAUGCCCUCAUUGACUCUAAAUGCAAGAAAUAGGUUUUCUCUGUUGUUUCUACUGCUUUCUUAGUUUAGUUGCUCCCUGUUUAACCAGUUGAAUAGAAGACUGUAUAAUGUAACUGGAUAUGGCAUAUUCUGCAUAAUUGUUCCUUUUUAAGAAAACAGUUUAAAAUCAUAUAUUUUUAUUAAACUCUUAAGAUUACAAAGCUA